AUGUCGUCCACAUUCAGCUUUGGCUUUGCGGGGGAUGAUAUUGAUAUUGACGAAAAUGAUACCGGCGAUGUCAGUCAAGAAGGCUUCACUUUCCGACAAGGCAUUAGUGAUACACUGCCCGAGUUGGUGCCAGCCAGGCGUCAUGAUAUGUCAGAGUGGAUUCCCUCGCUUCCCUCACAAAUCUCGUACAACAAGCUUGCCAUCCCUAUUUCUCAGCAUGGAAACCCAGGGAAGCCAGUGACGCUCGCACGCCGGGAUGUUUACGACAUUCGAACCCAGCUGAUGGCAGAAGACACUGCCGAAGACAGAGAAGACAACUAUGAGCUGAUCACUGGGCUUGAGAAAGGCGACAUCAAGCCCAACUUCUACGAGGGCGGCUUUAAGACGUGGGAAUGUGCCUUGGACCUGGCGAAACUGCUUCUUGACGCUAAUGCGAUGAAUGCGAUGACGGAAACUGCCGGCAAACGGCAUUUCAUCGAGCUCGGGGCAGGCACUGCCGUGCCAUCCUUAGCCCUGUUUGCACAGCUGCUAUCAAUGGAGCCCAGUGCUCAACGAAGGGCCCACUUCACUUUCGCGGACUACAACUCCGCUGUUCUCCGUCUCGUCACUUUCCCGAACCUCCUUCUGACAUGGAACUACAUCGUCUCGGCACAGGGAACGCCGCUCUCCACCGAGUCUCUAUCGCCCGAAGACGGGGACACUGAGGAUGAAUUACUGGACAUUAGUCCCGAGCUUGUCGCGAGCUUCCAGAGAGACCUGGAAAGGCGGGGGAUUACGGUUGAAUUCGUCUCCGGCGCUUGGUCGCCCGAAUUCGUGGACUUGGUGUUUUCAUCCGGUGAAUCGAGUAGAAGCGAUGCGUUGAUUCUCGCAAGCGAGACCAUCUACUCUCCUGCCUCGCUGCAGGCCUUUUCGGAAACAUUGCUUGCUUUAUUGCGUCGGCCUGCGCAGGAAGGAUUCUCAAGCCAGGCUUUGAUAGCGGCGAAGAAGGUUUACUUCGGCGUGGGUGGUGGGGUGGAUGAGUUCCUUGCUGUGGUGGGAGGAAUCAGUGGCGGUAACUUGAGGGUGCAAGAGCGACUAGAUAUCAAGUCUGAAGGUGUUGGAAGAGUAAUUCUCGAAAUCGUGCUUGGAUAG